CAGACCGGGCCAGCAGGUAACUCGGAGGCAAGAUAGCGGCCUCGGCGCACCUGAGCACAGUUGAGGGACAAUAAAAGUCUGCAGUGCAACGAAGGCUGAAUCGAAGACAGCAGAUCUCAUGGGUGGGGGACAGUCCUCGAACCAAGAAGUUCCUGAUCCCAAACCCGGAGACCUGAUUGAGAUUUUCUGCAAUGGUUACGAGCACUGGGCCGUGUAUGUGGGAGACGGUUAUGUGGUCCAUGUGACUGACGUUGAGAAGGGGCCUUCGGGAAUGAAUUUGAUCGCCUCUGUGUUGAGCCUGAGCACCGGAGCUGUGGUGAGGAAGGAGCUGCUGUCCAAGGCGGCCGCGGGGAAGAAGUACCGGGUCAACAGCAAAUACGACCAGACGCACCCGCCGCUGCCUCGCGUCGUUGAACGGGCAGAGGCGCUGGUGGGCCGGGAGAUAUCCUACAACCUCCCUGAAAGGAACUGCGAGAACUUUGCCACUCUGGUGCGAUACGGAGUUUCCCUCAGCGAGCAGGUGGACAAAAAGGCAAAGGUCAUCAGCGAGAACGUAGCUUUACUCGGAGUCGUGGCCCUGGCCGUGAUCAUCCCACUCGCGUUCAUUGUGUUCAGAAACUAGCUGCCAAGUGGUGGGGAUGCGUGGGCAGGACGCCCGUGAGGGAGGACUGACCCCAGGGCCCUGAUGCCGGCUCCCGGCUCCCGCCUUCUGCUUCCGACAGGAGCAAUAAACGGCCGCGUCCAGGAUCCUGACAGUGGCCUUGGGAUUAGUCCUGGUCAAUGUGGUUCUUCUUACCCGCACACAGGGGCGGGGAGACGCCCCCGACGGACAAGAACAGGAGCCAGCGCCCCCUGCUGGCGCUGAUGCAUGCGUGCUACAUGUGUCUCGACCCCAGU